CAAUAAAUAUAACGAAGAAGAAAAAUCUCGCGAGAGUUCUUGGAGUUCACGUUACCGGCAUGGAAGAAAUGUUGGCUUUCGUGAUGCUUCAGUGUGGCCCUCCUCAAUAAAAAUGGCAGGGGUUCCUGGAGUGAGAGCCCUCCUCACUGUGCAGCGAUCGGUGACAUUGCAGCACAGCUUUUUUGGCUUCACUCCAAUACAUUUUGCAUCAGCCUGCUUCCCCAGAAGGCUUUACAGUACUUCGACAGGAAGUACUGAAACAAAGCCGCCGGUAAACCCGGAGAAUGAAUCUCUGCUCGAGAACUUGAACCUCAUGGGAGUUGACGUGAGGAUGGCACGCCAGCGUCAGCCUGGGGUGCUUCGUAAAACCUUCACUAAUGAGAACGGCCUCGCUCAGUUCCUGCAAGGAAAAGGUGCCGGCCGCAAAGUCAUUGCUAGCAUAAUAUCCCGUUAUCCCCGAGCCAUCACCCGCUCCAUUGAACACUUGGAACAACGCUGGCAGCUGUGGAGAAACAUCUUCCAGACAGACGCAGAAAUCGUAAGCAUCCUGGAUCGCUCACCUGAGUCGUUUUUCCGCUCCAGUGAUAACGACAACUUGGAAAAGAACAUAGAUUAUCUGGUCUCACUGGGACUAAAUGCCAAAGAUCUCCACCGGCUGCUGACCACAGCACCGCGAACAUUCUCCAACAGCUUAGAGCUCAACAAGCAAAUGGUGGAGUUUCUGGAAGAUAUCUGCACAGAGCUCGGUGGAAGUAACCCAGAGCAGUUUGCAAAAAUGGUCAUGACAAGAAAUCUUUACAUUCUAAUCAGAAGCACUAAGAGAGUCAAGACAAACAUCGACAACCUGAAAGCAUCACUUAAGUUGAGUGAUUCAGAACUGCUGGCUCUUCUUCAAGGCCACGGGGCAGAAAUUCUGGACCUUUCCAACGAGUACCUGAAAAAGAAUUUCAACAGCCUGGAGCAGAAGAUGACCGCACUUGGCUGUCGGAAAGCUGAUGUUAAAAAACUGAUCAUCAACUAUCCGAUGAUCCUCUACAUUGGGCCUGACACUCUGAGCUCUAAACUAGACUGUCUUUUAAAAGGAGGAAUAACAAUGAAGCAGAUACUGGAAAAGCCCAAAGUUUUGGACUACAGCACACAAAACAUUACAGGGCGACUAGAGGAACUGAGAAGGUUGGGCUAUGACUUCCAGAAGAAUGGCAUCAACAUCCUCGAUUCAAGUCGAAAGCGGUUUGCCGCAAAAAUAGAAAAACUUUCUGCCUCACCAGAAGAAUGAGUGUAGCUUGCUGCCUGUCAGACAGUGUUGGCUGAUACUUUUUCAUCUUUUUGACUUAAGAAUAAUCAGGUUUUAUGUUCAGAGAUAAUAUGAUUGAGCUCUUUUAAUAUCCCAAACUUAAUUCCAGUAUUGAAAUCUAAACAUUGUGCCUGUGAUAUUCUUCUAGUCUCACAAAAGUAAUUAAAGCAGUAAAAAUAAUAAGUUGAAGGUCUGGGGACAUGGAAUUACAUUUGAAGCUAAUGAGUAAAAGAAAAUUGUCAGUGGAUUACCCAUUAUGUAAUGUUUCAGCUCAAAUACCAGGUGUUUUAAUCCAUCAAUACGCUGUCUUGGAAUUAAAAAAAAUGCAAAAGAUGAAA